UGUGUUACACAGUUGCGCCGGCCCUGCCAGCCCAUCUUUGGUCUUUGGUCUUUGGAUCUGCUUGCCAAACCAUCACCUCCCCAGCUGGCACCAACCCAGGCCAGCCGGCCCUUGGAGAAGCCAGAGAUAUCCGGGGCGGGGGAGUGGCGGCUUCCGGAUCCAAUCGGACGCUUGUUUUGCUUGGGAGAGCCAGAAACCGGCUGCUUGUUUUCUCUCCUGGGCUGCAAAGGCAGCAGCAGCAGCAGCUGAAAAGCGGAAGCAGAUUACGGCUAUUCUCUAGAGGAGGCAGAUGGGGAAGGAACCAGGGAGACUGUCUGGCCACUUCCUGGAUUUAAAGUGGUGCUGAAUUUAAACACCGGAAAUGUACAGAUAACCUAAAAUGGAGAAAGCAAACAGCCCCAGCUUGCAACUAGAGCAGCUAGUGACUCAGCCAGUCCCUGUGGCAGUCCACGAAGAUGCCUUCUCUUACAAGGAAAAUCUGAUUGGUGCCUUGCUGGCCAUUUUUGGGCAUCUGACGAUCAGCAUUGCUCUCAACCUCCAGAAAUACAGUCAUAUCCGGUUGGUGAGUUGCAAAGAGACAAAGGCUUAUUUUAGGACCAAGACAUGGUGGUGUGGUUUGUUCCUUCUCUGUCUGGGAGAAUUGGGGGUCUUCUCCGCCUACGCUUUUGCUCCCCUGUCCCUGAUAGUGCCUCUGGGAGCUGUCUCUGUCAUAGCAAGUGCAAUCAUCGGUGUCAUAUUCAUCAGGGAAAAAUGGAAACCUAAAGACUUCUUGAGGCGUUAUGUUUUGUCCUUCAUAGGCUGUGCCUUAGCCAUUGUUGGGACGUAUCUGCUGAUCACCUUUGGACCAAACAACCAUGAAGUCAUGACAGGAGAGAACAUCAGAAAGCACUUGGUCAGCUGGCCAUUCCUUCUGUAUAUGCUGGUGGAGAUCAUUCUGUUCUGCCUGCUUUUAUAUUUCUACAAGGAGAAGAAAGCAAACUAUAUUGUGGUGAUUCUGCUUCUGGUAGCCCUCCUUGGUUCCAUGACUGUCAUUACCGUCAAAGCCGUUGUGGGCAUGGUCGCGGUUUCCAUCCGGGGGAAUAUGCAGCUGGGCUACCCCAUCUUCUACAUCAUGGCGGUGUGCAUGGUGGCGACAACAGCCUUUCAGGCAGAGUUUUUAACCCAAGCUUCCCACUUGUAUGAUGUAUCCCAGAUUGCCAGUGUGGGUUAUAUCCUGUCUACUGUGAUAGGAAUUACAGCAGGUGCAACUUUUUAUUUGGACUUUAUUGCAGAAGAUGUUCUCCAUAUUUGUAUGUUUUGUUUGGGGUGCCUCAUUGCCUUUUUAGGGGUCUUUCUGAUCACUAGAAACAAGAGGAAAUGCAUCUUUUUUGAGCCGUACAUCUCCAUGGAUGCCAUGCCAAGCAUGCAGAAUCUGCACGACAACGGAACUGCAGUUCAACCUGAACUGAAGUCUUCUUUUUCCUACGGCGCCCUGGAAAACAAUGAUAGCAUCUCCGAAAUUUAUACUCCUGCUACCUUAACCGUUGUCCAGGAAGAACAUGCUUCUUGUCGGAUCAUGUCACACAGCAAAAACGAGUGAAUGCUCAUUGAAGGAAUACUGUAGGUGUGGUUGUCUUAUUUAUUACCCCUCCCUUUCUGUUAUUUCACUCAUUGAGCCCAGAAGGCAGAUGAAGUAGGGAUGAACUCAUAUAAUAAUUCUUAAAAAAAAUAAUAAUUAUUGAUUAAGGAUCAACGUACCUGCAGAUACAAAAGUAUUCCAUGGUAAGAUGAAUUGCAUUGGGAUCCGAACAGCUCCAGCAUUGCAAACGCAGAAGGCAUUUGAGUAGCUAAACAGACUGUACCGAUGCUCUGUUAUAACAGAAGCAGUGAUUUCCUUGGGAUAACCAGGGAUUGUGUGUCUUUUAAAAACUGGAAGAAUGGCAUUCUCCAAGAGAUAUGUAUUAGGGAUUCCCCACACUGAAAACUAAUUAUUUCCCCUUUUUCUGGUAGGCAUGGCUAACCAGAGAUAUAUUGAUGCAGUUCACUAGUGUGUCCUCUGUUUUAUUUAGUAUAUCUUGUUCUCCCAAACCUGGGAAUAGGGAGGCAGGAUACAUUCUAGUAUUCUGUUACCCUGGUCAAAGGGUUUAGUCAACAGUUCAACAUUUUUUCCCAUGAAAACUAUGCAAUUGAAGACAUAUCGCCGCUGAAAACUCAUACCUUUCAGAUCAACGCACCAUGAUUUAAGUUUAGUGUCCCGACGUUGGUCUGCAACCCCAGGUGUUGAGAAUGUGAUGACACAUGUUUUGCUAAUCGAAAGACCGCCAUCUUGAAAUCAUAAUGUUUGUGCUUUUAAUAAUUGUUCCGACAAUGAAAUUCUAGGUUGUAAUGUCCUUUGCAUUAGGCCUGGUUUUCAUAUUUAGCAGGUUUGGGUAAUACAGGAUGAAUUGCAUCAUUUCAUAAUAAUGUUUGGAGACUGCAAUGGAAUGUUUUUUUUGGGGGGGGGGGGAUUAAAAAUACUUCCCUGCAAAUAGAAAGAAAGCCAGCUUUUGCAGAUGUCACUGAGUUGUGACCAAAACCUCCUUCCUUCCUUCCUUUCCUGUGUGUGAUAUUUAUGUUUAAAUGUGCAGGAAUUAUUUAAACGGAGGAGCAUUUAAAAAUAUCCUGGUGCUUCAACUGCAACCUAUUUAGCUAUCUCUGGCCAUUUUGCCCAUUAGAUAAAGACAUUGAUUUCCUGCAAGUUUUUUGUUUUUAAUUUGUACUGUAUCAAGAUUCUAUCUGCUCCUUCUCCCCAGCAGAUGACAACACUUCGACAACCUUGGCUGAUCUUAAAAAGCUAAGCUCUGUUAGAUGUGGUUUUUGUAUUGAGGAUGGAUGAUCAGCGGAAAAUCCCCAGUUGUAGGGUGUACUGGGAAAUGUAAAAAGCAUCUCAGAAAAUACAGUCCCUAGCCUUUUCAGGUUUCUGGUGGUUGCCAGUAGAAAUGAAUAAGAUUUUAACCCUGGUUUUGUGGAAGAAUUAACAUGAAUGUCAACCUCUCUGCAGUUUUCAGUGGCCCUGUGGAGUCUGAAUGGAAGAUACUCAGGUACUUUGGCCCACUUUCACAGAGCGAAUUUGCACUUAAGAUCCAUAAAGGUCCCUGGGCAAUAUGAAAUAAAGCCGUAUUUCUCAACCUUGGCAGCUUGAAGACAUGUGGCCUUCAACUCCCAGAAUUCCCCAGCUGGUUAGGGAAUUCUAGGAGUUGAAGGCCACAUCUUAAGGUGCCCAAGUUUGAAAAGCAUCUCUCUAAACAUCUUCAAAAUCUCCAGCUUCCUUUUUGAUUAUUGCUUUGAUAUCUUCUGGAGAUAUCUGUAGGAAACUGAAUUUCUUCCCAUUCCAUCACAUCUUCCCUAAUAUUAAGUAAAUAUUUAGGCGUAACUGCAAAGGGAAAAAAGAAAACUUCCUGGGUUAUUGAUCUGGGAAUCGUUUUACAAGCAUAAGACUGUUUGGAAAUUUCUCUUAAAUUCUUCUUGAGGAAACAGUCAUGGUCCUUUUCAGAAUGAUAGCUAACGUUCUUGCCUCACUGAUUUCUAGAAUGAAUAACAUAUUUGUUGACUGAGAGUACUGUCUUGACCAUGGUAUGUGUAAAUAAACAAAGCUUUAUGACACGAA